GACCCGCCGCAGCCCGCCUGUGUGGUCCUGUCCCCUGAGCUCCUCUCCCCGACCCUCAGGUCUUACCUGGCCAUCCCUGCGUCCUCCUGGGUGGACGACUUCAUUGACUGGCUGUCUUCAUCUUCCUGCUGCCGCCUUUAUGUCUUUGGCCCCAAUAAAGAUGAGUUCUGCCCCUCGACUGUCAUCAACUCCCUCGCCUGCUUGAAGAAGUGCAUGAGACCCACAGCAGGGUCUGUCCGGCCAUCAGUGGAGCAGUUCCACAAGUAUCUUCCCUGGUUCCUGAACGAUGAGCCCAACAUCAAAUGUCCCAAAGGCGGCCUGGCAGCGUACAGCACCUCCGUGAAUUUGGGCCCAGAUGGCCAGGUCUUAGCCUCGCGGUUCAUGGCCUACCACAAGCCGCUGAAGAACUCUCAGGAUUACACGGAGGCUCUGCGGGCAGCUCGGGCGCUGGCAGCCAACAUCACCGCCGACCUGCGGAAGGUGCCGGGCACCGACCCAGACUUCGAGGUCUUCCCUUACACGAUCACCAGCGUGUUCUACGAGCAGUACCUGACCGUGAUCCCUGAGGGGCUCUUCAUGCUCACCAUCUGCCUGGUGCCCACCUUUGCUGUCUGCUGCUUCCUGCUGGGCAUGGACAUCUGCUCCGGCCUCCUCAACCUGUUCUCCAUCAUCAUGAUCCUGGUGGACACUGUGGGCUUCAUGACCCUGUGGGAUAUCAGCUACAAUGCUGUGUCCCUCAUCAACCUGGUCACGGCCGUGGGCAUCUCUGUGGAGUUCGUGUCCCACAUCACCCGCUCCUUUGCCAUCAGCACCAAGCCCACGCGGCUUGAGAGGGCCAAGGAGGCCACCAUCUCCAUGGGCAGCGCGGUGUUCGCAGGAGUGGCCAUGACCAACCUGCCCGGCAUCCUCGUCCUGGGCCUGGCCAAGGCGCAGCUCAUCCAGACCUUCUUCUUCCGUCUCAACCUCCUCAUCACUGCGCUGGGCCUGCUGCAUGGCCUGGUCUUCCUGCCGGUCAUCCUCAGCUACCUGGGGCCUGAUGUCAACCCAGCUCUGGUGCAACAGCAGGAGCUGGAGGAGGAGGCGGCUGCGGCCAAGGCGGCCUCCCGCUCAAAGCGCCCCGCACCGCCGAGCACGGCCAACACUGUCUGUGUCAGCUACGGCUUUGAACAUCCUGCCAAGAGCGGGGGUGGCCUGGGUAGCUCUUGGCCUCACAAUAGGCAGAAGCUCUGAUGGAGCCGGAGCCCCUGUCCAAGCUCACCGGCCCUGACCUGAGGGGCCAUGAGGGCUCCUCUGUGGGGGUCCCUUGACCCAUCCUCCCCCUCAGGGCCUGGGAGAGGCUGUCCCCACAGGAGUGGCCACGACAGGUCACCCUCUGGCCAUGAGAUCUCACCCACAGGGACACACGAUUGUGAUGGAGGUGGCGCGCAGUGGCGUGGGUGUGAUCUGGUCCUCAUCCAUCUCUUGAAUUUGACGUGUCCUCCUCAUGCAAGUUUUAAAACUUUAGUUCUGUGUAUGUAAACAUAUAAUAUUAUUUCGCAUUUAAAAGUUUUUCUUAAUUGAUAUGAUACUUGACCUAUCUUUUUGCAAUGAGGUUUUUUUUUCAUGCAACAUACAUUGUUUUGAUUUAUUCAUGUUGAUACGUGGAGGUCUAGUCCAAUCAUUUGAGCUGCGACACAGCAUUCCACUCUGUGAACGAACACGGUGUUUUUAUCCGUUCCCCAGCUAGUGGGCAAUCACAUUGUCCCCAGUUAUUUUUCUGCUAGAAGUCCACGGUCACUCUUGUGGAAUUCAGAGCUCCCAAAGCUCUGAAAACCUACUGUGUUUGUCUCUUUUUCUCCUGUAAGUUUGGGACAAACUCAUUUGGUGGCAAAACCCGAUCAGACAAGAUGUAUCUAUUUAUACUCUAUAAAUAGGAUACUUACACUGUUCAACCAACUUGUUGUGAAUAGUCAUAUAUUUCAGUGCAUUAAUGAGUUUGAUUUCAUGUUGCUGCCCCAGAUCCUCCUGGGGUCUAAUAUCUAAUGUACUGUAAGCAUCAGAUCACCUUUCUAAAAAAUGUUCUAAAUCCUGAAAUUCAGCUCACCUAUGGGAUUUCAGGUAUGGAACCAUGGACCUGUGUGAUGAGCACGUGCUUACACGUCUCCUGUCUACGUGUGGGGAGCUACCAUCGCUGUAGCACUGAACGGCAUACAGGCAAAUGCCUCCCAGAGAGGUUGCCCUAUUCACACCAAUGGAUGAGGGUGGAUGAGCGUGCCUCUCUCCCGGCACCAAUAUCAACACAACGCUCCACUUACUUUUGGGAGGCAGGAGGGUAGGAUUAUGGAUGAUUAUCCAUUUUUUUAAAACACUUUUUAAAAAGAAGACUUUUAAAUUUUAGAAUAGUUUUACAGAAAAAUUACAAAGAUAGUACAGACAGUUUCUGUAUGCCCCCCCACCCAGUUUACCCUGCUAACAUAUUACAUUAGUAUGAUACACUUGUCAGGGUACAAUUAAUGAACCAGUACUGAUCAUUGCUACUAACUAAAGUCCAUACUUUGUUUAGAUUUCCGUAGCUUUUAUCUAGUGUCCAUUUUCCGUGCCAGGAUCCCAUCCAGGACACCACAUAAUACUCAGAUGUUAUGUCUACUUAGGCUCCUCUGGGCUGUGACAGUUUGUCAGACUCUCCUUUUCUUUGUUUCUGAUGACCUGGACAGUUGAAGACUGGUCAGGCAUUUUAUAGAACGUCCUUCAAAUGGGGUCUGUCUGGUGUUUCUCCUGAUUGGACUAGGGUGAUGGGCUUUUGCGGGGGAGAGCACAUAGGCAGAGCACCGUUCUCAGCAUAUCACGCCAGGGGUGCCUGCAGUCGCCACCACUCAUCGCUGUGAUGCUGACCCUGACCACCUGGCUGAGGUUGCGUCGGCCAGGCGUCCUCCCUGUACCGUUAUCUUGCACCUGUUUCCAUGCUGUGCUCUUUGGGCGGAAGUCACUAUGCACAGCCCACACUUAAGGAGGGGGGAGUUAUGUUCCACUUCCUGGCGGGUGGGGUGUUUACAUAACUUAUUUGGAACUCUUCUGAACAGGAAAAUUGUCUAUUCCCCUCCAUUUAUUUAUUUAUUCGGUAUGAUAUCUAUAUCAGUAUGGACUCACGGAUACUCAUUUUGUACUUUGGGUUCUAAUAUACCACUAGUUUAUUUGAGUCUCAAAUUGUUCCACGUUUGGCCAUUGGGAGCUCCUUCAGUUGGCUCCUGGGUCCCUUUGGCAUACUCCCAUCACUGUGGAUUUUUUUCCCCUUUUUGAGCACUUCCUUACUUUCUGGCAUUAUAAGAUGAUCCAGGCUCAACUUGUAUAUUUCUGCCCCAGUCCUAGAGUCAGUCGUUUCUCCCAGGAGUUCUAGCCCUUCUACUGGAGAUGGGAUUAGAAACCAGGAUCUGGGUGUUCAGUGUGUGCGUUGCUGCUGGGGCGUUGUUGCUUCUGGGUCCUCUCAGCUGAGAGAGCAAGGAAACGUGUGUAUACUGACCCCUGUUAUGUACACAUUCCUAUAAAUAUUGCUAUAUGUAGCCAUCUGUAUCUGUAUUAAGCUAAACAGGAGUUUAUGCUGAGGCCUCCACCUCUAACCCACAACCACACGAAUCAUUCUAGACUGCUCUCUUGCUUAUCUGUAGCCUCCCAGGCCCACAGUGAGAAGCCCGGCUGUACCACCCUCACCAUCUACAUGAUUGUUCACUUCCUCUGUACAUAUGUAGUAGUCUCAGAAAUGAUAACUCAUAUCCCUGUGGAAAACAACCUUAGAAUUCAGUGUCUAUGUACAGUUCCUUUAGCCUUUAGUCUUACAGACACACCAUUCAUUUCCAAAGUUACUUAGGUCGGCAUCUUUUUCUACCACCCCUUUCAGAGAGGCUGUUUCGUACAUUUUUAAUACAGUUAGAUUCUUGCGUCACAUUCUUCCUUCCAUUCUGGUGUUACAAAAUCAGGUGUGUAAAAAAGAUUGUUGGGGGUGGGAAAUCAAGAGAACACUAUCCCUGGUUGACCCUCCAGCUGGACCCAGGCAAGAGAGAGUAAGGUGUUGAUGAGACCAUCCGGGCAGUGUAUGUGCCUGAACCCAGUUAAGGCUUCUGAAUAAACUUUUAAGAUUCUGGCAGAGUGGCUGCCCAGGCAAGCCUUGUAAGUUAUCUCCCUUGCUUAUUAAACCUGCCACCUACCAAUCUGAAGUGGUUUGCCUCUUUCUUCAGUCUCUCCUUGCCCUGGGUGUAUGGGGGCUAGACUGUGAACCAACAAAGAUCAAUUCAAAGUAUAGGAUAGACCAAUGGGUAUUAAUGUGACAAAGUAGGAAACAUUUAUUGAUUGGGUUUUCAGAUUCCAUAUUGCAACUAACCACUGAGAAACUACAAUCUGUAGAAUUUUGGUGUAGUUUCCAAGAAUAAUACAUUUAUUUAAAAAGACAAACUACUAUUUGUAUGAGACUGGGUUUCUUAUACUUCAAUCAAAACAACAUAUUGCAAUGCAGUGAAUGCAGCAGAUGUGAGGAUCUUGCUGUCUUCAAUUAAGCUAGAUAGUAAAGAGAUUUGCAAAAUUUAAAAGGAUGCUAUGUUUCUCAUAA